AUGAGGCUCGUUAUAAAGUUGGACCACGAGCACGAGAACAAGAUGUACACGUCUCUGGAUGUGGUGACGGAAUUCUCACUCGAAGCGAGGCUUCCGUCAUCAGACACGGUCACUAUCGGAUUGGAAUACAAUCCAACCCUCCUCUACCACAAGGUUCUUUACAUGUCCCAAGUCCUGUUCCCCAUCGCCCCGUUAAGCUCAUCAACACGGUACACGCUGGGCAAGGGACGGCAUUAUUUCACCUUUGGCAUCGACCUGUCUCUGCUCUCCCGUUGCAUAGACCUGGCAAAACUCCAAUCACCAGUUCUGGAGCAGGCCCACCGGCAGACUGGCUGUAUCUUCUAUGUGAUCUGCGCAACUGUCAAGGGAUGCGGUUCUUUCAGACGCGCGAUUCGCCAGAGGAUAGGGUUGACAUCGGUCCAAGUUGACUCUCCUAACAUCUCAUCUUCUGCUCGUGGGCCUUCCAAGGCCUGCCGCGUUCUCCCCGAAACCAUCCUCGGUACUGAGAUACCAUACGAGCUGGAGGUGGUCGAUGGGUUCCUCCCUCCCUACAGCCCUGCCCUUGUUCUCGGAGCGAGUGUCGGUGGCGGCGGUUUCCUACGUGUUGGCGAUGCUUUGCCUCUGAGCCUGUGGGUUACAGUACCAACAGCUGUAUCGCAGAAGCUCAAGAUCUCCCUGCGAAGCGUCCGUCUCUCCCUCAUGAAUAUUACUGUUGUCGACAAAGGCGGACGGCGAGAGUUCACGCUCACGGGUACCGUUAUCCGACAAGUCUUCUUCAACCUUUCCCUGGAGACAAGACCCGGCGCAGAAACCACGCAAAUCGAUCCUGCGCUGUGGCAAGGCGCUCUUGUCCCAUCACAGCCGUCGCCAGAGCGCUUUGCAGACGAAGUGGAUCAAGAAAACAUGCUGCAGGUCCUCUGUGAGUUCUCCUCUGACAAGUUAUCAGAUACUACGUUUGUGACAUUGCUGAUCCCCGUUCACGUCGCCGCCGCCGAGCCGCCACCAAGUUACGAAGUAAUCACUGAUUGCACCUCAUGA